AUGCAUACACUUAUUAUUUCGGUUGUAUAAUAUUUAAAGAAAGGAAAGAAGAAGAAACUAAAACAAAACAUGUAAAAAUUUGUAAAUUAUGACAAAAUUUUUGAUAGUGAUGAAGAAGUAGCCGAUGAACUUAUUUCAUAACCUAAAAUUAUGCCAUCUUAUAUAUAUGAAUUUAAUUUUGAGAAACUAUUCAAUAAUGGAAUUUCUUUACCUUUUUAUAAUUCAAACAUCCCAAUCACAUUGGUUAUUGGUGAAAUUAAUGUUGGAAAAACUCAUCUAAUCUAAUAAUUAAUUGGAACACCAUUAUAAAUUAUUCUAAAAAAGCAUAAUUCAAUUUUAUGUUAUCAAGAUUAAAAAUAAUGUUUUUUAGAAGUUUCUAUUGAUUGGAAUGAUUUUGAGUCAGUCUUCAUUUGUAAUGUUCUACAAAAGAUAUCAAAUCUAACAAUUUUAAUAAAUGAUUCAGUUAAUAAAAAAGUAUUAUCAUAAUUUGAACUUUGGAAUAAUGUAGUGAUUGUACAUAAAUACCUCAUUUAAGAAUAAAAAGACUUUUUAAUUGAAUAUAGAAAGUUGAAAGAACAUAAAACUUUAAAUAAUUUUUACUAUUAAAAAGGGUAGAUUCAUUUAUUUUAUGAAUAAAAUGAAACUUAUAAAUAAAUUUAGAGUAUAAAUUUAAAUAACAAAAAUACAUUAACUAUUCUCGAAGCUAUACAAAAAACCUUAAAUUAAUCAACAUAUUUAUUACCAUUUAAGAUUGAUCUUGUGUAUAUCAAUAAAAUUAUUUAAUUAAAAUAGUAACUAUAAAAUAAAGACAUUGUAGUUUAAUAUAUAAAAGAUUAUUAUGAAAAUAAUGAGUAAAUCUUGAAAUUUAAUUAAAAUAAAGAUUAUACAUUAAUAACAAUAACAAAACCUUAUUUAAAAAUAUAAAAUACUUCAGUUGAGAUAGAGAAUUCUCAAUUACUCUUAAACAUUAUGAUUAGAGAUUUAAGAUUUGCAUUUAUCAUCCCUUUUUUAUAUAAAAGAAAAUGUGGAUUUGCUCAAGUUUAGAUAAAUAUUUAAUAAGAUGAUUUUAUGAUAUUAUCAUUUAGUUGA